AUGAACGUAGAGACUUGGACAAGCACUGAAAUGAAAAACCGGGGAACUAUAGAGUUACUCUACAGAGCUUUGGAGAAAGGCGACGCAGCGACGGUGGCAAAAUUGGUGGCCAGUGAUGUGGAAUGGUGGUUCCAUGGACCGCACCACUGUCAACACAUGAUGAGACUACUAACAGGGGAACCACCGAGCCAGGUUUCGUUCAGGUUCGAGCCAAGCAGUGUACAAGCAGUGGUGCCUGGUCAUGGCUGCGUCGUCAUCGCAGAAGGAUGGGAGGGUUCACAGGUGUACUGGGUCCACGUUUGGAAGAUGAAAGACGGAGUGGUGACUGAGCUAAGGGAGUACUUCAACACAUUGAUCACUGUUACGGAUUACAGUGGCGGGGCAAUAGGAUGGGAUAUGGGGCCUUGCACUGUUUGGGAGAGCGUACCCAGGGAUCUAGCUCGUCGUUCGUUACCUAGCUUGCUGUUGGCUAUCUAA